AUGUCUUCAGCAUCGUCCCAGGAGACAAUUCUCCUACUCGGAGGAACAGGAAAAAUAUCCUCUCGAAUUGCCCGCCUUCUAUCAAGCGCCAAUUAUUCCGUACUCCAGGCCUCGCGGUCUGGGGUCGCAGAGCCACUCCCACAUUGUCAGGGUGUGAAAUUCGAUUGGUUCGACCCAACAACCUACGAAAACCCGUUCGCCAGCUCUCCAAUAUCGGCAGUAUUCCUGGUAUCACCUAUGAUACUGGAUCCGUUUGGACCCAUGAAAACUUUUGUUGAUCUUGCUCGCGAGAAGGGUGUGAAUAGAUUUGUUUUGCUCAGUGCAAGCGUUAUUGAAGUUGGGGAUGGCCCUGCGCAGAGUACAAUUUCGAAGUAUAUCUCUGAAAUUGGCGUUGAGUAUGCGAUCUUGAGACCAACUUGGUUUAUGGAAAACUUCUCUGAACAGCAACACCUCCCCACAAUCCGCGAUGCAUCCCAGAUCAUUACCGCAACAGGAGAAGGAAAAGUCCCUUUUAUCUCAGCAGACGACAUCGCGGCCAUUGCUGUCCAUAGCCUUACGGACAAGACUCCGCACAACACUGAUCAUCUUAUCUUCGGCCCCGAGCUUUUCACUUUUGACGAGGUAACUGCACUCCUAACCAAAAAACUCAAGCGCCAAAUUACACAUGUCAAAAUAAGUCAAGAACAAUUCGAGGGAAUGAUAUCACAAUUCGGGAUACCGGAUGAUUAUGCGAAGAUGCUUGCAGGGCUGGAUACUUUUAUCAAGGAGGGCCGUGAGGAGAGAAGUAGUGAUGCCGUGAAGAAGGUUACCGGGAGGGAACCGAAGACUUUGGAAACAUAUUUGGAUGAAUGUGUUGCGAGGGGCGUUUGGGAUGGGAAAUAA